UGCGCUGGCGAGACGCGCUCAGAUAUACUGAGUGAGCCCUGAGAAGCAGUCUCAGAUCCUGACGGUGCAGCAGCCUGCAGCCUCAGCCCGGGAGUCCCAGCCGCUUUCAAUGGAGGAGAAGCCCGGCCAGCCACAGCCUCAACACCAUCACAGCCACCACCACCCGCACCAUCAUCCCCAGCAGCAGCAGCAACAGCAGCCGCACCACCACCACCAUUAUUAUUUUUACAACCACAGCCACAACCACCACCAUCACCACCACCACCAGCAGCCUCACCAGUACCUGCAGCAUGGGGCCGAGGGCAGCCCCAAGGCCCAGCCAAAGCCGCUGAAACAUGAGCAGAAGCACACCCUCCAGCACCAGGAAACGCCGAAGAAGAAAACAGGCUAUGGUGAACUAAAUGGUAAUGCUGGAGAAAGAGAAAUAUCUUUAAAGAGUCUGGGUUCUGAUGAAGUUACCAACCCUAUCUCCAGAGUCCUCAAUGGCAACCAGCAAGUUGUAGACACCAGCCUGAAGCAGACAUUAAAGGCCAGCACCUUUGGGAAGGCAGGAAUUAAAACCAAGAAUUUCAUUCAGAAGAACAGUAUGGACAGAAAGAAUGGGAAAUCUUAUGAAAACAAAUCCGGAGAGAACCAGUCUAUAGAUAAGACCGAUGCUGUAGCAAUUACAAAUGGUGUUGUAACAAAUAAUUCAGGCUAUAUUGCUAAUGGUUAUAUGGGCAAAGGCGCAGAUAAUGAUGGUAGUGGAUCGGAGAGCGGAUAUACCACUCCUAAGAAAAGAAAAGCUAGGCGCAAUAGUGCCAAGGGUUGUGAAAACCUUAAUUUAGUGCAGGACAAAAUAAUGCAACAAGAGACCAGUGUCCCAACCUUAAAACAGGGACUUGAAACUUUCAAGCCUGACUAUAGUGAACAAAAGGGAAAUCGAGUAGAUGGCUCAAAGCCCAUUUGGAAGUAUGAAACUGGGCCUGGAGGAGCAAGUCGAGGAAAACCUGUGAGUGAUAUGCUUCGGAAAAGCUCAGAUGUUAAACCUGGUGUGAGCAGCAAAAAAUUUGAUGAUCGGCCCAAAGGAAAGCAUGCUUCAGCUGUGGCUUCCAAAGAAGACUCGUGGACCUUAUUUAAACCACCCCCAGUUUUCCCAGUGGACAACAGCAGUGCUAAAAUUGUUCCUAAAAUAAGUUAUGCAAGCAAAGUUAAGGAAAACCUUAACAAAACCAUACAGAACUCUUCUGUGUCACCAUCUUCAUCCUCGUCUUCGUCAUCAUCUACUGGAGAAAGUCAGACACAGUCUUCUUCAAGUCGGUUAUCCCAGGUUCCUAUGUCGGCACUGAAAUCUGUUACUUCUGCCAACUUUUCUAAUGGGCCCGUUUUAGCAGGAACUGAUGCAAGUGUGUAUCCUCCAGGGGGUCAGCCACUGCUUACUACUGCUGCUAAUACUUUAACACCCAUUUCUUCUGGGACUGAUUCAGUUCUCCAGGACAUGAGUCUAACUUCAGCAGCUGUUGAACAAAUUAAGUCUAGCCUUUUUAUUUAUCCUUCCAGUAUGCAAACUGUGCUUUUGAGCACUGCACAAGUGGAUCUGCCCUCUCAGACCGAUCAGCAAAACCUGGGGGAUAUCUUCCAAAAUCAAUGGGGCUUAUCAUUUAUAAAUGAGCCCAGUGCUGGCCCUGAGACUGUUACUGGGAAGUCAUCAGAUCAUAAAGUGAUGGAAGUGACAUUUCAAGGAGAAUAUCCUGCUACUUUGGUUUCACAGGGUGCUGAAAUAAUUCCCUCAGGAACUGAGCAUCCUGUGUUUCCCAAGGCUUAUGAGCUGGAGAAACGGACUAGUCCUCAAGUUCUGAGUAGCAUUCUAAAACCUGGGACUACUAAUGAGAGUGGAGCCUUAUCCUUGGAACCCAGUCAUAUAGGUGACCUGCAAAAAGCAGACACCAGUAGUCAAGGUGCUUUAGUGUUUCUCUCAAAGGACUACGAGAUAGAAAAUCAAAAUCCUUUGGCCUCUCCUACGAACACUUUAUUAGGCUCCGCCAAAGAACAAAGAUACCAGAGAGGCCUAGAAAGAAAUGAUAGCUGGGGUUCUUUUGACCUGAGGGCUGCUAUUGUAUAUCACACUAAAGAAAUGGAAUCUAUUUGGAAUUUACAGAAGCAAGAUCCCAAAAGGAUAAUCACUUACAAUGAAGCCAUGGAUAGUCCAGAUCAGUGAAGGACCCGACUGCCUAAUCGUAACCUUUCUGCAGCAUUAGAGCCACCGUUCAUGGGGGACACAAGGCUUUUAUGCUCCUAGAUCUUCAACGCAGCAGAGGAACCAUAAGUAGAAUCACAGGAUAAUAUAUACAAAUAUAUAUAUAUACAUAUAUAUAUAUAGUUAUUUAAAAAAGGCAACUGAAAGUAAUUAGACUUCUUAAGGAAUCAAAUUUAUUUCAAGAGACUACACAUGGUUAUUUAAUCUCCGGUACUGCAUAGUUUUUUUCUUCUUUGUUAGUUUUUGUUUUUAAGUGUGAAUGCAAGUGAUUAAUGAAUACAGACUUAACAAGCGUGGUUCUGAAGUUCCUGCUGUCAUCAACUUGGGCAACAAAUGACCCACUGGAAAGGCAAAUCCACUUAAAAGAUCUCUAUUCUUGUUCUGUGACUGAAGUGAUACACUAAUCACGGGGAACCCAGAAUGAUUCAACAUUUCCCCUAUUCCUCCCUUGAUCUUUUGUUUUUACUUUAAGCCCUGCAACAAUUCUGGAUAGAUGCCUUGAAGUUUGCAGGGGUAUAUGUGUUUUGUUUUUUUUUUAGCGAAUAUGAUUUGCAUGUCUUGCCAGAAGUUAAGCAGCCUCUGUAGGAUGUGGAGGGGGGGGGGUAUUUGUUUCUUUUUUUUUUUUUUAAGGGAUGGGAAUAGGGGAAGGCAUUGAAGUGCUACAGUUCUGGAAUAGUUUGUGGGUACCUAGUUAACUUGGCUUGAUAGCAUGUUGGACUUUAACAACGGAGAAAUCCAUGAUUGUCAUUUAUAGAAAAGUUACAGAACAAGCAAUUGGCUGAGAUGUGGAAAAAGUAGUCCCUUUGACCAUAUUUUAAUGUAAUUGUGUAACUGGGAGCAAAAAUACUCUGCUUCAACUGUAGGUGCUCCAGACUUGCUCUCUGUCAACUAACACUAAAUGUGCUGUUUUCUGUUUUUCAUCAAACAUUUAAGAGAAACUUCUGUAUCUUUCUGUAAAAUUUCUUAAUCUCUAAGCAAAAUCUAAAGGGGGGGAUGCCCGUGAAAAUUAAAUUUCAUGUUUUUAGGUAGUGAGGAGAUAAUAAGAUCCUGCCUGUAGAUGGUGUACAAAUUGUACUUCUAAGCUUAUUAGCUUCUAAUUAUAUCUUAAUAAAUAUAUUUUAUUACUAGAGCAAAAUGGGUUUUUUUAAGGAAAAUAAUGUGAAAUUCUGGAAAUUAUGUUUUGGGCAGAGAAGAGCAUUAGCCCUGUCUUACCGUCACAUUGCCAUCCUGUUUUACUGCAGCUUGUGUAUAGCAUGCUAAAAGAAAUUUGUGUGUGUGUGCAGAAAUUAAAGGUCCAAUUUAAGAUUGGGUGUUGUUAGUGGCAUAAUAACAAGUUCUCUGGCCUGACAGCAUCACAUCACACACACAGAGAAAUUAGUAUAUCCAUGUAUGUUAAAUACAGAUUAAAGUAGCAGGGCAUUUUAUUUAAAGAGUUGUAGUCUUUUAAUAAAAGUAGACUGGAUCUCCUGGGGAUAUUUGGGGAAAAGGUAACUACUUUUGCUCUACUCCUUCGCUUAAGAAAUGUCCAGUUGUGAGCAACUGUAGAGUGAAUGGAUUUUCUUGUUCUGUUGAUUAUUUGAGACUUUUAAUAAGUAGUUCAUGAAAGAAGACAUUGGACUCAACAUAGAAUAGGGGAAAAUAUCUUUUUAGUCCGGAUUUCUGCCCUGCUUAGAUUUUUUUUUAAGAGUAUGAGCAUGGAUUGCCAAUUCCACUUGAUGUAAACAAAACUUUUUAUACAUAAUAUAUAUAUAAUAACUUAUUGUAUCAGUCCAGGUUCAGAAACUUGUGGUAGGCCAGUUCCAAAUAGUUUCAUUUCACCUGUAAACUGUAUCACUUUUACUGAUAAUUGUAAUUUUCAAAUGUAUAAUAUGUUUACAGAUGUGCCCUGCUUUUAGUCUGCCUUGUUCUUAUUUUGAUUUUUGUUUGAGUCUCCUGCCUGCUUGCCAAAAGCUAGGAUGCUUCAGGCCCAUGUAUAAUUGAGAGUAGAGGCAUCCUUGAGCUUUAAAGCAUUGAACAAACUGGAAAAUGCAACGUACCACAUAUUGAAGUGAAGAGUCUGUGUUUGUGUUUUUUAAAUAAAAAAUUUCAAAAAGUUUUAAAAAUAUAUAUAAGGUUGAUUAAAGGAGAAAAAAAAAAGGCUCCAGUUUGUUUUACAGGUUUUAAAGUUCUGCUGUGUGUUCAAUUGCCUUGUGUAACCACUUGUCGCCUUAGGGCCAGAUCCCCAACCCUCCACCUUCUCUUUUUAAAUGUCCAUUUUGCUUGCCUGAAAUUUUAAAAGUUCUUGUGUCCCACAGCUCACAUGAAACUUUCUGGGUUUGUGACAUAGAGGUUGAGUGAAUACAUCUAAUUUUUUAAAAAAGAUCCAACUCCUGUCUGAAUUUGGCUUUUUACUUAGAAGCAACACUUAAAUAUCUUUAAAGCUGUCACUUUUCUAAUUCCCUUCCAUAUCCCUCAAGCCUCCAUGUUCAGAGAAGCCAAAACGAGAAUGUAUCCCUUCUCUCUUUGUCCAAAGGUUUUUGAAAGUCUCACUUUUAAAUGAAACAAUGCAACAUUUCACUUUUGAUUUUUCCACUAAAAUUUCCUUAAUUAUAUAGUUAGAGGUAUACAGUAGCUAAGAAUAUCUGUUAACUUUCUGGGAACCCUAGUUGCCCUGUGAUUAACUAUCAGUAUUUUCUGGGCACUUGGUUUAAUGGACUUAAUUGCCUAGGUUCAAGCAGGACUUUGAGACAAAUCUCCUUUGUGCUGAUUGGUAACACUUUUAAUUCUACUUGUUGCAAUCUUUCUCCUUAGGUCCUCACACAAUUCCUUACAGAGCACUUAUUAAAAAAUGUUAAGAGUUGAUCUGUUUUCUGAUUAUUUUUGUGUAAGCUUCUAAAACUUCAGCUGUGAUUAAUUUAGCACAUUUAAAUAACAUUAAUGUGUUACUGUUUGGUAUAAUGAAUUUUCCUUCAACUCAGAGUAUUAGUACUGUAGCAUAAACCAAAUACAGUCUAGAGGGACUAUUAAACAUCCCUCCAUUAUAAAGACUGAAAAAGGUGUGUGUGUGUGUGUGUGUGUUUUGAGUGCUUGUACGUGAGGGAAAGAUGGAGAUGUUAAAAAUUAGUAAAUGAAUAUGUGUAAGAUGUUAUAUUAGUAUUCAGAGGAUGAAACUUGUAUUUAUUUUGUGCCAUUUGUUUUCAUUACACAGUCAGGUGGUUUAAAUUCUUAAAAAGGGUAGUAUUUGAAAAAUGGCACUAAGAAUGAAAUCAUGACCUAUUUUUUUAAUAGCUAUGAAGAUACUAAUUAUUGAUGAAGAUUUCUUUAACAAUUUGUCUUGAUUGUAGGCGUCUGUCACAUACCACUCUUCAUUUAGAUGUCUUGAAUAAUCUCCCUUCCCCACAAAAGACAGGGUGUAUUUAUCUUUUUAUUCACUCCCACUUUGCUGAACUGAAGUUAAUUGCAUAGCCUUUCCUAUAACCUCCUUAGAGAUGAACCUGCACAUGAAGUGUAUUUACAGAAACUGUAGUAUCCCUUUUUCCUCCUACUUUCUAGGAGGGGAUAGCCAGUAAUAAGAUAUUUUGUUAAUGACAGCUUUUUUUCCUUCUUGAAAUAAAUGGCUGGAGUUUCUCUCCACUUUCGAAUUUUUCUGUCCUCUUUAAUCUGCUUACCUAGUCAUUGCUCAGAACCUGCAAAAACUAUACAGAAAAAAAAAGUGCUGCAUUGUAUUUCUCAAAUAACAGUUUUUAGUCGGAAUAUGACAAACCUCAAGUUUGGGAAAUUGUCCACAAAACAAAAUGGUGUCACAAAAUAGUAUAUAGCAGUGAUAGUUUCAUACCUGGUUGUUAAGCUGGUUGCUAACCCUCAUCAGAAGCAUUUAAUGGUUUAUGUUUUGUCAUGCUGUAAACUUAAAACACAAAAAAGCCAUUUAGUGUGAACUUGUUCAUCAUGUAUGAAAUGACCACAGGCAAAGAAAUUAAUAAGAUUUUUUGCUCUUGUAAAUUUCACUGAAUAAGGAGGGACUCAUUCUUCUAAAGAGAAAUAGGAUAAUGGUCCAAUUGCUAAGGGAGUGUGGUUGUGCCACCGGGCUGUGUCAAGUAAAGGUUGAUCGCUCUUAAGUACUUUGGCUAACUGAAGAACAAAUACAGUAUAGGGACCAGAUACAGAAAUGGAGAGUAAGUUUUUGUCAUCAGAUCUGUUGAUGUUCUCUGUCAGUCAAAGUAGAACUUGCCAGAACACUCAACUUUGCUGUCUUUAAAAGAGGGUAGGAUAGGCUUAUCUCCCUUCUUCCUAAUUUAUUUAGAAAGGAUGGGCAGAGGACAAGGCCAGAGGCACAUAGGUUAACGUUGGUAUUCUUAUUAAUGUGAUGGACAGUAGCAGUAUUCUUUGGUG